UGCAGGCCUAUCUCUGGGUGUCUCCUGAAGGCCAGGGCAACCUGUCCUGGUUGAUAUCAUCUUUGGAAAUUUCACACAGGAGCCGACUUUGUGCUCAGGUAUUUCAGGAUCACCCUGGGAGGUCUGCUUUACAGAAGUUAACAGCCUUGACUGGGGCAGGGAAAUGCUAUUCCUCAGAAGCCAUUUGGCACAGCUUCCACGUUGGGGUAUUCUGUAUAGACCAAGCAGGGCAUGUAAUAACUGCUCAGACGGGUCUGGAACGGGGUCUUUAUGGGGACGAUUCGGAAUAGAUCUAAGCAGACAUGACUGCCGGUGAAAGAUUUGUCAGCCGCCAGAAUAUCAGGUAACAACGCCUUUAAACCCACUUCUUCCUGUGAUGGCACUAUUCCUUCCUACGCUCCCCUUGGGGAAGGUAGGCCUGCCCUGCCCACGGUGGCAAGGAAGUAGUGCGGUAUGGAAAUGCCACGCCUGGGUUCAGUGCCCGUCUCCCAUUCUCCUCUCUCCACGGGAUCUUGCCUGCUCCCGCCGGUCUGGCAGGUGGACACCGGCCGCGAGUCUGCGGUUGAGCCAAGCGGGUGCGGCGCCGGCCGUCGGAAAGGUGUGGAGGGAAAGUGGCCGGCUAACAUGUGCACGACCCAGAGGCCGGAGAUCGGGACUCCCGGGAGGGCGGCCCCCGGCCCGCCGGGCGACCUUGGGGGAGCGGGCUCCGUCUCUGGGCGAAGGUGUGCAGUUCCCGCUACCUGCCGGUCCGGCGGCGCUCUGGCUUCCUCUCCCUUUUCCGGCGGCCCUUUGCCAGGUCGGCCUAAGCUGGCUUCUCCCAGAUGCAUGCAAGGAUAUUAGAAUGUACAAGGAGACACCUUCCGCCGGCCAGCCUUUUGCUUUUAAUUGUAUAAACCUGUCACCAACGUCCGGGAAAGUACAUGUAACAUGGUAUAAAUAUCCUGGCAAAAGCCCAAUAUCCACAAAUGCACAGUCCAGAAUUCACCAGGAGCAAAACUGGAUUUUGUUUCUCCCCCUGACACAGGAGGACACCGGGAUCUACCAAUGUGUCAUAAACUAUACAAACACCUGUCACAGAAUCCAUGUAAACCUAACUGUGUUAAGAAAAUAUUGGUAUUGUUUUUCUGGAAACAGUCAACUGAUUUUAUCAGAUGAAUACAAACAAAUAUUACAUGCCGGAAAAGACGACAGUCUUACCUGUCAUCUGAACUUCCCACAGAGUUGUGUUUUGGAUUCAAUAACGUGGUACAAGGACUGUAAAGAGAUUAAAGGAGGACGGUUUACUCGUUGGAGAAUUAAGCUCUCAGUGAGCAACGUUUCAGCAGAAGACGGAGGGGACUACGCGUGUCAAGCCCAACUGACACACACAGGGAAGCGGUACACUAUUUUAAACAGCAUCACUGUGAAUAUCACAGAAACACAUGGAUAUGCAGGAAGAAUUCCUAAAAUCAUUUAUCCAAAAAACAAUUCAAUUGAAGUACAACCUGGCACUACCCUUACUGUAGACUGCAAUAUAACAGACACAAGGGAUAAUACAAAUCUCCGAUCCUGGAGAGUCAAUGACACCUUGGUGGAUGAUUACUACAAUGAAUCCAAACGAAUCAGAGAAGGAUUUGAAUCUCACAUUUCUUUUCAGAAACAUAUUUUUUACACAGUGAACAUAACCUUCUCAGAAGUGAAAAUGGAAGAUUAUGGCCGUCCUUUCAUUUGCCAUGCUGGAGUGUCGGCAGCGUACUUUAUUUUAAAACUCCCAGCCCCGGAUGUUCAAGCUUACUUGAUAGGAGGGCUUGUCACCCUGAUAGGCGCAGCAGUGUCUGUCACGUACAUCUACAACAUUUUUAAGAUUGACAUUGUUCUCUGGUAUCGAAGUGCUUUCCUUUCUACUGAGAUCAAAGAAGAUGGGAAGCUGUAUGAUGCCUAUGUCUUGUACCCCAAGCCCCAAAGAGAAAUCCAGAGUCAUGAGGUGGACACACUGGUGUUGAAGAUUCUGCCCGAGGUGCUGGAGAGGCAGUGUGGAUACAAAUUAUUUAUAUUUGGUAGGGAUGAAUUUCCUGGACAAGCUGUGGCCAAUGUCAUUGAUGAAAACAUCAAGCUGUGCAGGAGGCUGAUCAUCAUCAUAGUUCCUGAAUUCCUGAGCUUUGACCUGUUAAAGAACAUGUCCGAAGAACAAAUCGCAGUCUAUAAUGCGCUCAUCCAGGACGGGAUGAAGGUCAUUCUGAUUGAACUGGAGAAGGUCAAGGACUACACGGCCAUGCCAGAGUCAAUUCAGUACAUCAAGCAGAAGCACGGGGCCAUCCAGUGGAGUGGGGACUUCACAAAGCAGUCACAGUGCGCAAAGACCAAGUUCUGGAAAAAAGUGAGAUAUCACAUGCCACCCAAAAGGCCUCCACCGUCUUCUUCCGCCCAGAUGCUGAAGCACACGUACUGAGACCUCAUAGCCGGCAAGUGGGGGGCCAAGGUGGGUUCAUCACCAGUUGGCAUUGUUGGCACGGGGUGGCUUACAGAGGGGCAACGAUGCAUCACACUUGGACCAUCUGCUUGAAGCUUGCUACCGUAUAUACUUGUGGUGAGAGGGCCUGUGUCUGUUGCUUGUUUUGAUCAGAGCUACUUCUUAAGGGAAAGACGUCACCUCUCCAGAAGGCCCUCCUUCACUUACAGGCUCUCUUGAACACUCCCUGAAUGCAGAGAUGUAGCACAUGAGCCCUGGGGUAAUGGGACGCGAGAGUUGUAGAGUGGCGGUUAAGAUGUCAGGAAGUUUGGCAUGUAGUGUAGCAUACGUGGGGCCAGAGAUGGAAGUCAGGGAAUGGCGGGAGGCAAUCUGCGGGGAGGGCAGGCGAGGAUAAUGGCACUUUUUUCAUGACCACGGUCGUAGCACAUUGAUACUGGAAGCCACUUAAAGGUCACACAGACUAGCGGGGACCAAGUGUGGCGCCACUGGGAUUGCACAUUAGUUACCCUCCUGCUGGACUCCAGUCUUGAAAGACUUUAUCCACCAAAUCAAAAUAAGUAACAAUUCGCUUGUUUUUCCAGCUGGCCUAUGAAGGCCAGAAUUCUUAGAAGCAUGUGAGAGACACAGGUGGCACACCAAGAUGACGCAAUUCUAGUCCACGUCAAACAAAGCCAUCUGUCAGUUAGCCGGUGUCCCCUCAUCACAGGUCAAUCUAUGUUCGAACAAGGCAUGAGGAUUUCUGAUGCUAAAACUUCGCUGUAAACUCAUCUGUAAACUACUGUCAAAGACCUGACCUGAGGCUUAGAUAGCAUCCAAGUUCUGUGGUUUUGAUGACAUCAAACCCUAACAAGUGACCUGCUAUGGUCAGAAUGUUGUAUCUCCCAAAUUUACAUGUUGCAACCCUAAUACCCAAUGUCAUGGUAUUGGGAGGUGAGGCCUUUGAGGAGGAGGUGAGGUGACUGGGUCAUAACGGUGGAGACCUCACGAAUAGGAUUAGUACUCUCGUAAAAGAUACCCCAAGAGGUCCCUUGCCCCUUUGGCUAUGUGAGGACACAGCUAGAAGUCUGUGAUCUGAAAGAAAGCCCUCACCUGACCAUGAGGGCACCCAGUGUUAAUAAGCCACCCAGUGUAUUGUGCUUCAUUAUAGCAACCCAGACAGACUAAGGCAUGGCCCGAAUGAAGGGUCAUGGGGACUGGAAGGGAAUCAGCCAAUGGGCAGGACAGGGGCUGGGGAGGGGGAGGAGGAGCAGAAGGGGUGAGUUGGGAGAACAAAGACCCCAGCAUGCAGGAAUGAGCAGAGUGGACGGAGUCUGGGGGAUGGGGGACAGGAAUAGGUGGCUGCGUGACCUUCUUGACAGGCUGCAGACAGCAUAAAGUGUCUGGUGGGAUCUUACGUCACGAGGAGCCCCCUCAAGUCUUUUAGAAUUUAGGUUCCGAGGUGACCUAAGGUUACACAUUUCUUUGCCAUCAUACCCCAGUUCUCACUUAGCGUCAAGCCCCUCUUUAUUUUAUGUAACGUUUGUUCUUUGAAGAUUUUUUCAUUGUGCUAAAGUAUAUAUAAUGUGAAAUUUACCAUCUCAACGAUUUUUAACUGUAUACUUUAGUGGCAGUAAAUACAUUCACCUUGUACAACCAUUAGAACCGUCUGGUUCCAGAACUUUAUCAUCUUCCCCAACUGGAACUCUGUCCCCUUUAAACACUAACUCUCCCUCCCCGCUGUCACAGCCCCUUCAAUGUUCUGCUUUCUAUGUCUAUGAUUUUGGCUAUGCUAGGUCCUGCAUAUAAGUGGAAUCAUACAGGAUUUGGCCUUUUGUGGCUGGCUUAGUUCACUUAGCCACAUGUCACUAAGAUUCAUGUGUAAUAUUUGCUUUUUGUUUCAUUAUUCUUAUUUAGUCCCUCCCUCCCUUCUUUAUUUCUUAUCUGCUUGAAGAGUAGCAUGUGUCUAUUUUAUUAUGGGGACUGGGACAACCACCAGAAGUAAUAAGCUUAUUAGGGUCCUUCUAAUCAGAUGUUUGUAAACUCUUUGCUUCUUGGUUUCUGUAGAACAUGGGAGUCCUAAUUCCUCAUGGAGGAUUUGCCAGUUUAAGGAAAAGAAGCUAUUUCUCUGGAUGUACCCCGGAGCAAAGCGACGGCCACUGAUGUGUUCCUCAUUCUGUUCCCCUCGCUGCCUCAGUUUUCUCUUCUCUGCUUUGUACCUGGAGAUUGCUAUCGAUGCUGGAGGAGGCUUGUUGGCUGCGGGGGUCAGACAGGCAUUUUGCCCUUCACUUUGGCUUAUGUGGAGUCCAUGCCCCAAAGCCUCCCCCUUCCUUCCAAGCCCUUUCUUUCCAGGGGAUGAAGAGAGACAGAGAAGCCCCAAGAGUCAGGAUACACUUGAAAGAACUCUGGCCAUGAUAUUCAGGGAAAAAAAUUUUAACUGAAGGGGGGAAAGAAAAUCAAUCGGCAUUGAAUGUUUUGCAGUAGGCAGCCCACAGUUUUUGGAGAAUCCUAAGCUUUCUACUACCUUCUUAAAGUCACACAAAGAAUGCCCCUGAAGACAGGCGCUCCUAUUGAGACCCACGGCAUCCACGCCUGGGGCCCAUGCUGUGAGCGCUCAGCUGGAGUAACUUUCCAAACCGUACUGCCCUGCCUGCUGGCUGGUGUCCUCUACUUUAGGCAAGGACCCCGAGCCUUCCUGAUCCCCUGAGUAUCCACACAGGGCUACCGGCUCCCAUGGGGGCUUUGAAUGUUGUCCUCGCUUGCAGCUUGGUCUUGAUUAUGAGGAGCUCAGGGAGUUUCGAAGCCUAAUCCUGGGAGGUAGGUGCCAGGAAUAACCUUCCGCUGGGCUCACUCUACCACGCAGUAUCCCAGGCCGGGAGAGUGUUUGAAGGAAGUACCUGAACUGGGGAGACCCAGCUGAGGCCUAUCCUGGGCCUCCGGAAGACCGUGCUGUCACCCCUCCUCCAGCCUCAAGCCAGUCCUACUACCUCUCAGAUCAUGUUCCAUUCUCCCUGAGACACUCAGUGGCUGUGAGUCCAAGCACCCUGGUAUGGUACCGGAAGUUGCUCACUUCUUGCCAUUAUUUCAUUGGAACGCCCCUGAAAUGAAACUCGACAAUAUGUCCUGAAGACUCUACUUGCCUCAGAGCCUUCCAGAAUUUCUGUAACAGGAGUUCAGAGGCAUUGUUUGGUUGGGGUAGUGGUGGUGGGAGAGAAGGGCUUGAAGUAGCGUGUGUGCAGAUAGCCCUUGGCCGAGGAUGGAGAGACCAUUAAUUCCGCGGGUCAGAGAAUGGGCUGGUCCCUAACAGAGAUUUCAGGGAAUGGGUGCUGGGAUUCCACUGAGGAUCCUCAAUUUGAUCCACAAUGCAGCCCCCGAAAUGUGCAUUUCCACUGUUUUGUAGGUGUUCUUUAACAUUACAUCUCAGCACUUGGACCCGUAAUUAAGUUGCUUACGAUCGUGAAGAGUAAGCUUCAUACUAAGCACUCGCCCAUCUCAUUCUCAAUUUUAUUAUUACUAGUUUCCUGGUUCCAGGAGUUCCAUUUUUAAUUUCCACCAGUUUUUAGUGGAACAAAGGGAUACAAUGUGGUAAAAAUGUAAGUGAUUGAAUUAGCCUGGCUUUGCCACUGAAACAUAGGUUAGAAGGUAAAAGCAAAAAAUAUUCAGUUGUCAGCUGUGGACUCAUGUCUAAGUUUGCACAACUAGGAAGGUUUAGGUGUCACCGGAUAGUGGAUAGAAAGGCAGAUUAUAUGAAAGCUGAAGGCCACCACUGAUUCCCUCCUGUUUUCCCCAGUGAGGCGUGGUGAGGUAAAUGGGGCUCCGGAUAACCUGAGGGGACAGGACUCACCUGGGGGCAGGGGUGAGAGGUGAAUAGGUCAAAGAAAAGAUGAAACAUGUGUUGAACCCCUCCGUUACCUUUUGGCCCGCCUUCCUAUAAUGACUGAAUCAACCACAGGACCCACUUCCUUUGGUUUCUCCCCUCAAAUACUGUGAGUCUGCCUGUGAGAAAGUUCUGGGUGAAGACUGAGUCACAUUAAAUAGAGGGUCCAGGAAGGUCUGGUCUUUUCCCAGAAGGUCAACCGAGAUAAAGACACAUAUGCGAAAGUGCCUGGCACAGGCCGUAGAGUCACGAGGAGUCGUCUGACCUACCUGGGGCCGGGGGGCACGAUCCCCCAGCGCCUUCUGCCCCUGCCAAACUGCGGUGACUCAGAGGUCUGCCUGCUCUGGCCCAGUCGGUUGACCUUUCUUUGGCUCUUGAUCCUGACUCAUUUUUUAAUAAACUUUCCUCCAACAGA